AUGGUCUGGCCGCUCUACCGGGAUACCCAAGCUCUCGGGACGCUCAUCUACGGAAGCUCUCAAAAUAGGACCAAUCAGUGGAUCGUCGAUAUAUUCCUGAAGCUGUGUUUUCAAAAUUUUCUGGAACUACUGGAGGACAUCCCGGAGGAAAUGCGCUUGACUGUGCAAGAUGAUCUUGGCAGAUUUCGUGUUUGGGUGGGGAACUUUGGCGGACAUAGAAAUCCAAUGGAUAGACUGUCAUUGGAUCACCGACUUCGAGAGGCUCCAGAAUUGCGUUGCGAAGUUCAGAAUCACAUCACCGAUAUUUCUGAAGGAAUUUUAGCAGCAGGACCUCUAUCUCUGAAUUGGGGAAGUCGAACAAAACUUCCCACGAGCAAGCCCUCUUCUGGUCCGGAAUAUGAUGCCGGGUCAGAUUCAGAUGAUUCAGAAUCAGACUUGGAGUUUUGGGAGCAAGUAAAGGAGGAUAAUCAGAACUAUUCUUAA